AUGUACGAAAAUAUUGAUAAUAGAACAAAUAAAUCGCUCGCAUCUUCAGUUGUUGUUGGUUCAGUUCAACCACUGGGUUCUGCAACUGUCUCAAUGAAUAUUUCUUUAUAUUUACAAAUAUCAUCUGAAUACCGACCAAAUGGAACAGUAACUUAUUUGUGUUCGUUCUAUGAUAUCAGUAACUCCUGUUGGAACGAAACUGGAUGUACAGUGCCUGUGUUUAACAUUGAAUUUAACCGAUAUGAAUGUAGUUGUAACCAUCUCACGGCAUUUGCUCUUACAUGGUCAGUCGCUUCGGUAUUAGAAACAACAAGCAAUCUGAUAGCAACGAAUCCAGUUACAACAAUUGGUACAGGCACCUCUGGCGCCCUAACAUCGUCCACUCUCACUAGUAUGUCUUCAACAAACAGCACAAUCACCGUGACUCAGGCAACGGCCACUCCUACUACAACUGAGCAAACGAUUAACAUCGCCACGACAGUUAUGCCUAGUACAGUGAAUAGUACUGCAACUACGGAAUCGUUCAGUACAGCGAAUGGUACAGCUACUACGGUAGCUUCCACUACAGCAAAUACUACAGCAAUUACGGCAGCUUUCACUACAGCAAAUACCACAGUAACUACGGAAGCCAUCACGGCAGCAAGUACGGCGGCAUUCAGCACAUCAACUACGGCGGCGCUCAUUGCAGCGAACAGUUUAGUAACUACGGAAGCCAUCACGGCAGCAAGUACGGCGUCGUUCAGUACAGCAACUACAGCGGCGUUCAGUACAACGAAUAGUACAGCAACUACGGAAGCUUUCAGUACAGCAAUUAUGGCAGCUUCCACUACAGCAACUACGGCGGCGCUCAUUACAGAGAACAGUACAAUAACUACGGAAGCCAUCAGUGCUGGAAGUACGACGGCGUUCAGUACAACGAAUAGUACAGCAACUACGCCAACAUCCACUACCGCGAAUGCUACAGCAACUACGGUAGCUUCCACUACAGCGAGUACUACAGCAACCAUGAUGGCGUCUAGUACAACCAAUAAUAUAGCAACAACAAUAAAUUCCGGAGAUAAUACAACGGAACCGGUAUCUUCAGUGCAGUCGACAUCAAGUUACACUAUCACCAACAUCACAGGAACUGCGGGUAGCACGGCAGGUAUUACAACCGUACUAAUCACGGCAGCGCAGUCUGCAGCAAGUUCUACUACAGGUAAUUUGGUAGCUAGCACAAUAGCUUCCGGAUCAAAUAAUAUAUCUACUGUAACGGCCUCUUCAACUGGGCAGCUGAUGUCGUCGAAUUCCGUUUCGAGUACGUUUUCAUCAGCUGCACUCACGACAGCAUCGAUUAGUAUUGGUUCAACUUCUUUGGUUACGACAGCUGCGACAAUAACAACGACAAUAUCCACGUAUUCUCCUGAUGCGUGUCGUAAUUCCUCGAAUGUGGCGCUAGCAAACGGUACUUGUGUUCCCUACAACGUUGGACAGGUUUGUUGCCAAUCAUGUCAUUUGCUACACUAA